GCAAACACCGCUCCCCCCUAGCUCCCGCCAACCAAGAACGCGCGUUCAUCUCAGUCCGCACACACCGCACCGCACACGACAGAACGACACAACAAUGUGUGUGAGUGUACGAGCGAGCGCGCGGAAGUUUUGCGAAGCGAAAGUCUACCACGCUGCCGCUGCCCGAGCAGCACACACACGCGGUGGGUAAGUACGCGUUCGGUGCGGUCAGGGCAAGUCAGUUUAGCUCGGCAGGUCGGUUUGAAGAGAACGCAAAAACCACGCUGCCGCUGCCGUUGUUGACGGGAAGGUGUUAUUCUUUUUUGCUGUCUUCGUCUGGUGUGAUCUUGCGAAGCAGCGAGAAGAAAACAAUAACAAGCCCGAUUAUUGUACCCUCCGCGUGUCGUGCGCCUUCCGCCUGCUUCCGUUCCGUGCGCGUGUUAUUUCCUAUUGCGAACUGUUGCAUCGUUGGAAGAGUUUGUUGUUGUUGUUGUUGACAUCUAUGCGCCGUAAUCUGUGUUUACACCUUUCCGUUUUGUUUGCCCCACCGUCUCGUUCUCGAGUAGCACGUAGUUCGCUGAGGGCUGUUUUGCCGUGUGGCCCCUUUGUGUUGGUGUCGUCGUGGAAAUCCUCUCCACUGGGAGGCGGAGGAAAAGCGGAGUAAAAAGUAACGGGUGAAUCAUAGGGCAAACCAGUGUGUACCGUUACUGCCUCGCUGGGGCCGAGAAUCGUCAGCCCUUUCGUGCAGGGCCGCUCUCUAGGCGGUGAAGCUAAACUUCACGAUCUUAGCAACCCGUACUCCGCGUACUUGCCUGUAUGUGUGUGUGUGUCUGUGUGUGUCUGUGUGGGGUGCAAUAAAAAUACUAAAUUGACAAGUGCAGCAGCGUAAACUCUCGGCGCGUUCGAAAGGGGUGCGAGAUCGUAGUAUGCGAAAACGACGCGCGUAAAAUCCGAUGUGCGACCGGUGAUACGGCGAACCGUGAAGGGCGGAUGAAGUAAAAAUUUUAAACCGUGUGUACUUCAAAAUUAUCAGUUGACCUUCUCCACCGCAAACGCACGGCACGGCACGGUUUGAGGGGAAAGUGAGAAGAAGAAAAGAAAAGGAAAAGCAAAACGGUUCGCUUGAAAAACGGACGAGCGGAUUUUACAACCGGACCCACCUGACCCCUCGAACAUCCGGAAGCUCGGAAUUGUGUGCAGCUGGUUGUGGAAGCUCGGCAGCGGGGUUUGUGCAUGAUCUACGAUUAACCUAAUUCUGCUCAAUCAUCCAGCACCGGGGGCAGUAUCUCGGUGGGUGAUAAGAAGGGUCACUUUUCGGUGGGGCCGAAGAACCCAGCUCGCUUUUCUGCAGCACUCUCCAUUACACAGGGGCUGUGUGCAGUGGAGGUGUGACGCGCAAGCGGCAACGGCAGCCUAAUCAAUCGAUUCGAACCCAGGGCGGGUCUGUGCCCGUGGCGUAUCGAGCAGCUUAUCACCCGGGGUGGGCCCCGUCGGGUUGAAUAUCGGGUCGCGCAGCAGCAGCAGCAGCAGCAGCACUACAGAGCGUGUGUAUGCUGAGCACGUACGAGAGCGUGUCAGUCCCUUUUCCGCUGCUCAGGUGGGCAAAAAGUGCGACAGCUUCCGCAUCGGCAACGAACCGCAACGGUGGGUGAUGAUGGCGAAGAUGCGGCCGCAGCUUAGUUCUUUGUUCUGCGCCCUAACGGUACUCGGGGUGGUGUGUCUGUGCAAUGUUGCACCUGCCGCCGCCGCCUACCGGCUGGGCGUUGGACGGGCGGACUGUACGGGGCCGCCAGUUGAGAUUGGAUUUAUGGGUUACGGUGAGUUUUCGCAGCGCGGCCAGGGCAUCCAUCUGCGCCAGUACGCGCGGGCAUUCAUCUUCGAGGAUGAGCGGCGGUCGCGCGUGGUGUUCGUGAGCGCGGACGCCGGCAUGAUGGGCCACGCGGUCAAGCGCGACGUGCUCAAUCUGCUCAAGGCGCGGUACGGCGACGCGUACCGCUUCGAGAACGUGGUGCUGAGCGGCUCGCACAGCCACAGCGUACCGUCCGGCUUCCUGAUGUCCUACCUGUACGAUAUCGCGUCGCUCGGCUUCGUGCCGCAGAACUUUGACGCGCUCGUCGAGGGCAUUACGCUGGCGAUCGUGCGGGCCCACGAGAGUAUGCGCGAGGGCCGCCUGUACCUGUCCGAGACGACCGUGCACGAGGCGAACAUUAACCGCAGCCCGAGCGCGUACGAGAACAACCCGCGGUGGGAGCGGGACCAGUACCGGGACUACACGGACAAGAAGCUGGUGCAGCUGCGGCUGGUGGACGGGGGCGGCCGGCUGUUCGGGGCGAUCAACUGGUUCGCCGUGCAUCCGACGUCGAUGAACAAAACGAACCGGUACGUGUCGAGCGACAACGUCGGGUACGCCUCGGUGCUGCUGGAGCUGGACCGGAAUGGGGUGCGCGUGCCGGGGCGCGGCGAGUUCGUCGGUGCGUUUGCGUCCACCAAUCUGGGCGACGCGUCGCCGAACAUUAUGGGGCCGAAGUGCGAGAAGACGGGCCUGCCGUGCGAUAUGCUUACCUCGUCCUGUCCGGCCGGUGCGGGCGCGUGCAUCGCGUCCGGCCCGGGGAAGGAUAUGUUCGAGAGUACGAAGAUCAUCGGCACGAGGUUGUAUGACGCAGCGUCUAAGCUGCUCAUUGCCGAAGCAGGUCGGGAAGUGACUGGACCGAUCAAAUUCGCCCACCAGUUCAUCGACAUGACGGAGCAGCAGGUGUCGUACGUGAACCCAACCACGGGCGAAAAGGAAACCGCACACGGCUGCUACCCGGCGAUGGGCUACAGCUUCGGUGCCGGCACAACGGACGGUCCGGGUGCGUUCGACUUCCGGCAGGCCACCCUAACCGACUCAUCGUUCUGGAACACGGCGCGGGACAUCCUGGCGGAGCCGACGCCCGAGGACAAACGGUGCCAAGCGCCCAAACCCAUCCUGAUCGCUAGCGGGCGGGCCAAGUUCUCCUACGAAGUGCAGCCCAAGAUCGUGCCGACGCAGAUACUGCUGGUGGGAGACUUUGCCCUCGCAGCCGUGCCGGCCGAAUUCACCACCAUGUCCGGUAGAAGAUUGCGGGCCGCAGUUCGCGAGAGCUCGCUCGAGGCGGCCCGCAAAGACAUCACGGUCGUGGUGGCCGGUCUUUCCAACAUGUACACGAGCUACGUCGCAACGCCGGAAGAGUACGCCAUCCAGCGGUACGAAGGAGCCUCGACACUGUACGGGCCCCACACGCUCACCAUCUAUCUGCAGCAGUUCCGCAAGCUGAUGCGUUCGAUUGCGCUGGGCGAACAGGUCGCUGCCGGCCCGAUGCCACCGAUUGAGGACGACAAGCAGAUCACGCUGUCGACGGGCGUCGUGUUCGAUGGGCACCCGUUCGGGUGGUACUUCGGCGACUGUAAGGUGCAGCCGCGGGAAACGCCGUACCGCAGGGGUGACACCGUGCGCGUCAUGUUCAUUGCCGGCAACCCGCGCAACAAUCUGAUGCACGAGCGAACGUACUUCACGGUGGAGCGGUUGAGGCCCGAGUUUGAGGAGACGAACAGUGUGGACGCCCACCAGCAGGGCGGCGGCGGCCGGGACGUGUGGGAAGUGGUGGCGACCGAUGCGAACUGGGAAACGAAGUUCAAGUGGCACCGACGCUCCACCCUGUUCGCGUACAGCGACAUCGAGCUGGAGUGGGAGGUGCCGGAACAGGUCGAUCCGGGCACGUACCGGAUACAGCAUUUCGGCUACUGGCGGUACAUUCUUGGCGGCAUUUUCCCCUACAAUGGCACUACGAGGAACUUUACCGUGGAGUAGGCGUGGACGAACAGGUGGCGUGAGAAGGUAGAAAACGUGCCAAAAUUUAGACAGUAACGCAUAGACGGAAUAUGCUGGAGCUGAUUGCACCGACCGUGCAGUAGUGAAGCGCAAACGAUAGUAUUAGUUGAAAUUAUAAGGGGAUGCUAUUGGGUUGGGGUGGUAGUGUAAUGUAAUUUAAUGUGCGAUAUACGAUUCGUAGCGGAAGAGAGCGAGCGUUACGAACUAUGAUAUUCAGACCAAAAAAGAAUUGGAUUUCUUAUUGCGCCAUA